AUGACAACCCAAACUCCCCGGACCCCUCUCUACCAACCCCAACCCAAUAACAACCUCUCUCACCUCCAUCACUUCUCGCGCGACACCAAAACCACGAAAACUCGAGUUUUCGAGCUGAACUCGCCUCGUUUCCCGCUCCUCCUCUGCGCCCCUCUCUACACGCUCGACGCACGAAUCAAGACAAACUGCUCCGCGUGCUUCAAGCAGAACCACCCGAUUUUCGACCGCACCAAAUCCGCCACCUUCAAGCGCUUGCACCAAAACCACACACUCGCGGGAUAUUUCAACUUUACGGUCCUUGAGUGCUACUACUUCGUGAGCGGGUCAGGCCUGUCCUCAUCCGGGCUCAUCUCCACCGAGACGUUCCACACCCCGAGCCUACCGGGCAAACAUGGGUCGCCUUUCAGUGUGUUGGAAGAACGGGCUUAUCGGGCCUUGGUGAGCGCCAUCUCGGGCUAUUUCGAGCAGUUCAAGAAUGUGAAGAAGGUCGUGACAAGAAAGUACCCGAAGAAUCUGUGCUAUAACUAUCCUAGAUGCUUCGGGAAGUUCCCGAGCGUGGUGUGGCAUUUCGAGGGGGCUGACCUGGAAGUUAACGGGGCGAGCCUGUUUCCGUUCGAGAGUAACUUUCUCAUGUCGAAUUUCAUCUGUUUUCUUGGGGUCUUAUCAGCAGCAGAAUGUGAGGAAUGA